AAUGCAUUGAAUAUGCCCGACUACCUAAGUGCUGCCGAACCUGCUUUCUUACAGAAGCACAGCUUCAAGCUACUGAAAACUUUGGCCUGGAGACAAAUGUCGUCUAGCGGGAAAGCAGCUGACAUUACGGAAUGCUUGCGAUUUAACAUAUUUGGAUGCACAGGCGCCUUUUCGGCACCACAUUGCGACAUCUUGAGUGGCACCUAUGUAACUUGCGUCUUCGGCAUCAAGCUCUGGAUGUGGGUUGAUCCCAACAAGAUGACGGCCGCUGACUGGGCCGAGUACGAGAGAGCCGGUGAGAAAUGGAUUCCUACUCGAGCUCCUAUCUAUGGUGUGUUAGUUCGGCCAGGCUUCACCUUUGUCAUGCCCCCUGGACAACGCAUAAUCCACGCCGUACACACUGUUCAAACUAGCGUCAUGACCGGGGGAAUGUUCUGGGACGAAGCCUGCGUGGUUCAACACAUACACAAUUGCGCCUACUUCCUCAAAAACCCUAGUCUUACGAACGAGCCGACGGUGCUCGAUUUCGGUGAGACGUUUACUUGUCUCGAGUCACUGAUCCGUGAUAGCCGACCGCACCUCGAUACUCCGGCGUUGCAUAAAUCAAUCCUCGAGGUCAUGCGAUUGUUCUGCAAGUGUUCACCUCCGUGUAGCGCGCAGUGCAGAUGCCGU